AUUUAUUAUCUUAUCUGUUAAUUUAAUGUCGUCUGCCAAUCUAUUAAAUCAUAGAAGUGUAUUAAGAGAGAAAACCCUUAACUUUUUAAAUGUUCCAAUAGCUGAAUACUUAGUAUUAAAUAUAUAUUUAUUAUAUUUAGACUCAACAAAAACCUAAUACAGAGGAUUCAUAAUAUAAAGCCUUUUAAAGAAAUCUUUAACUUCAAAAAUAAAUUCUUAAUGAACAAGAUGAUGUUCAUUAAUACUAGACUGAAUUAUUUACAAAAUCAGUUAAAUAAGAAAGAGUACCAAUAAUUGUUAAUCGUCCAUCAGUCCAGCAUUUUAGACCAACUUUACCAAAUGAUUUUGCUAUUCCAAAUAGAAAAUCAGAGACAAUUAUAAAAUAAAUAUCUAGAAUAGAUGAUGAUUUAGAUUAAUUAGCUCAAAUUUUCUAUUAACGCAAACUUUUGAUGAAAACAUUAAGUGCUUUAGAAUAACAUGCUGAAAGGAAAAAAAUACAGAUUGCUGAUGAACAUAGAGAAAUGUAAAUUUUUAAAGCUUUCUUCUAAUAAUUAUAAAAGAAAUAAAUGAUUUAGAAAUUUAAGAAAAGUCUCAAACAAAAAUGA